AUGGCAGAUAAAGAGAACAGCGGCCGCAUUACUCGCGCUGCCAAAAAGAGGGCGGCGGCGCUGGCUUCAGCCGAGGACCAGCCCUUGAAUAAGAAGAGGGUUGUGUUGGGAGAACUGCCCAACUUAUCAAACUCCAUUGUUUCAGUGAAUGAGCCACAGAAGCUGAAAGGAAAAGCAAAGACAAAAACCAAGAAGGGGACUUUAACGAAGAAGGAGAAUGUUCUCAAAGAAGAUGUUGAUGGGAAACCUGAAGAUCCCCAAAUGUGUGCACCAUAUGCAUCUGAUAUUUAUGAGUAUCUCCAUAAAAUGGAGGUGGAUCCAAAAAGAAGGCCAUCGCCUGAUUACAUUGAGAAGGUUCAAAAAGAUGUUAGUCCCAAUAUGAGAGGGAUUUUGGUGGAUUGGUUGGUGGAGGUCGCGGAAGAAUACAAGCUUGUCUCCGACACUUUAUAUCUUACUGUUUCUUACAUUGAUAGAUUCUUGUCUUUCAGUCUCCUCAAUAGGCAGAAGCUUCAGCUUCUUGGUGUUUCUGCUAUGCUCAUUGCCUCAAAGUAUGAAGAAAUAAACCCUCCACACGUGGAAGAUUUUUGCUACAUAACAGAUAAUACAUACACCAAGGAAGAGAUGGUUAAAAUGGAAGCUGACAUACUUAAAUCUUUGAAAUUUGAGAUGGGAAAUCCUACAAUAAAGACAUUCCUAAGGAGGUUCACCAGGGCUGCACAAGAAGAUUAUAAAGCUUCAAAUUUGCAGCUUGAGUUCCUGGGUUUCUACCUUGCUGAGUUGAGCUUGUUGGAUUACAACUGUGUGAAAUAUUUGCCUUCUUUGGUGGCUGCUUCUGUUAUUUUUCUUACAAGAUUUCUGAUGCGACCCAAGACGUAUCCUUGGAGCUCAACCUUGCAACAAAACACUGGAUACAAAGCAGUGGAUCUAAAGGAAUGUGUUCUCAUCAUACAUGACUUGUAUUUGAGUAGAAGAGGAGGUGGAUUACAAGCUGGCAUUUUGUUUACGUUGAAUUAUUUUCUUGGAACAGUUCAAGUGUGUGGCAAACAUGCCUUCCCCUCCAGAGAUACCAAGUUUAUAUUUCGAAGAGGUUUGAAUGCGAAGUUUGGCAUGGGAAUUUUUUGUUUUGGGAUAUGGCAAGUGAUGGAAAUUGAAACUGCCUCAGGAAUCCUAGAAGUGAGGAUUUGUGACAUGCAAAAUCAUGGCAUUUGGAUUAACUAUAAAAUAUUGAUUGAUAUUGGGGGGCUCGAGGAAGUGAACUGUUGGCCAUGUGGAAUGAACUAUUGUGGUGAGCUAUGCUGA